GAACAUGUGAACAUGAUGAUUCGAUGUAUCGAACGUCUAGAGGGUCUAGAUUUCAUCAUGGACUUCAAUCUCCAAACGGAUAUGAUCCUUCAAUCCCUUCCGGAUUCGUAUGGUAAUUUCAUCACGAAUUACUAUAUGAAUCGGAUAGAAUGUACACUUGCAGAGUUAUCAAGCAUGUUGAUAACCGCUCAAAAGAACAAUGCUAAGGGAAAGGAAGUUUCUCUUGUGGUUGCUUCUUCUAGUAAGACUAAGAAGAAGAAAACUAAGAAGAAUGUUUUGAAGGCCCAAAAGGCCAUUGCAAAAAGGAAGCGCACCUCAGAGAACAAAGGAAAAUGUUUCUUUUGCGAGGGCGAGGGACAUUGGAAACGAAAUUGCCCCAAGUAUAAGGAAUUUAAGGGCAAGAACAAGAAGAAUGAAAAUCCCGGUGAGGGAUCUAGCAAAUGAGAGGAAGUUGGACAAGGAUGAAGUGAUCUUGAAGCUUGGAAAUAACGCAAGUGUUGCGGCUAAAGCUAUAGGAUCGUCUUCUAUUUUGUUGUAUAAGCAUGUUUUGUAUUUGAACAAUGUUUUGUACUUACCGAACGCUUAUAGAAAUAUCAUGUCUAUUUCUUGUAUGACAAGAUUAGGAUAUGAUUUUCUAUUUACAAAGGAUGUUUGUAAAAUUAUCUAUAAUAAUGCAAUCGUUGGUUAUGGUUAUGUACAAAAUGGUCUUUAUUGUAUAAAUGAAGAUGUUCGUAAUACAAAUAAUGUUAUAGAAAUAAAUACCGUAAGUAAUCAAACCUCGAAACAACUUUGGCACUUACGAUUAGGACAUAUUGCGGAAGAUAGACUUAACAAG